AUGGAAACAACCAGGCAGGAGAUUCUAGAUGAACUCCUCCUUACCGAAAACCCGAUACUUAAGGAUGUUCUAGCUACCCCAAGCUUUGUGCAAGCUGUGAAGACUGGAAAUCCAAAAUUGACAGAAUAUUUACUAUCCGAUACGAUUUUUCCACAAAUAUUAGAUAUUGCUCUUACUGAUAAAUGCGAUGGCUUAACAAAGAAAAUGAUAUCCAAUGUAUUGUCGUUUUUAACAACUUAUUCAAAAGAUACCCAAGAAAGAAUUCGAAAUAAUCCACUUUUCCUAAAGUUUAUCACGGAAUUUCCGAAUACUAAAUAUGCUACAAUGCCCAAUAUUGCUACAAAUUAUUCCAAAAUCGUUGAAACAACAAUAAGGAAAACCAAUGGAGAGUUUAUUAAAGAUCUUCCUGAUCUUGCGAACUUCUUAAUUAAUGGAAUGUAUUAUUUUGCUUAUGAAGAGCUAUUUCUUGUUUUAACUACUGAAUUUAUGAUUCCGUUUGGAGUCAACUUAGAAUUGAUUAUCGAAUUUGCGAAAACAAUACAUAAUGAACAUGGACUCGGUACGGCCGCAAUAAUGAAGCAAAUGUUGAAAUGUAAAAAGGAUUUGUAUCCUUUCUUUGACAAUCCAGAAGUAGUAUCAAUUCUAUUGGAUGAGGCAAUUAAACCUGGUAAUCCGCUAGUUUCUUUCGAGACUUUUCAAGUUAUUGAUAAAAUAUCAAACUUUUCAAGGAACAAAUUAACAAGAGAAGCCAUCGAUAGCUACUACGAUAAAUUCGCGUUCAACGAACAUAAAGAUUACGUACAAGCAAUCGCUAUUACGGUGUUUAAACGUUUUCCAGAUGAAUAUGUCAAUUUGUUGUUCGAAAAAUCCACUCUUUCUACUCUUUCCAAUGCGAUAUCUAAGAGUUUACCAUUUUUAGACCACGAGAAAUUAAUAGAUUUAAAUACCAAGUUCAAUUUAGUGGAAAGGAUCCUUCAUACAGAGAUUUGCAAGACAAAUCCUUAUAUAUGGACACUUGCAGAGUCAUUAUAUGGCGUUUCUACCCUAAUUACCCCUGAAUUUAAACAAUUACAUAUCAAUUCUAUAGAUCCGCACUUAAAGAUGAGGAAUUGUGCAUAUGGAGGUGAACGACCACGUGAUGAUUCAUCAGAUUACGUUGAAAACGAAUCAUUUGAGCCAUUUGUUUCAAUUGAUAUCGCAAUUCUAUCAGAUUCCAGUAGUUCUGAUACAAGUAGUGAUGAAGAAAAUGAUAUUGGUGGUUUUGAGAACGUAAAGUUCUUUGCAAAACUUGCAGGAAUGGAUGAAUUGACUGAAUCAAUUGAAACUGCUCAAAAAGUGAUCUAA